GCCGCGGCCCCUGGCCGCGCGCCGCGCCCUCGCCGCGCUGCUGCUGGCCGGCCUCGCGGCGCGCUGGGGCGUGGGCCGGCGAGGUGGAGGCGGGCCCAGCGGCCCCGGGCCGGCGCUCAGCCUGCCGCAGCUGCCAGGGCUCCGCACGAAGGAGCUGCAGAAACAGGCCGAGGAAGCGGAGAGGGCGAGGCAGAAGGAGGAGGAGGAGCGAAGGAAGGAAGAGGAGAAGGAGGCGGAGAAGGAGCGCCUGCGGCAAGAGGAGGCGGAGAAAAAGGCCGAAGAGAAGCGUCGGCGCGAGGAGGUCGAAGAGGCUGAGCGUAAGCGCCAGGAGCUGCUGGAGAUGGAGGAGAAAGCCUUGAAGAAGGCGCAGGCCCGCGCGCGCCGGCCGCUGAACCCCUACGAGGAGCGGCGUGUGCGGCGGCAGGUCCGCUCCCAGAUGGCCGGAGGCGCUCCCGGCGGAGUCACGCUGGCGAGGAAGCAGAAGGGCAUCUGGGCGCUCGCGGGCCGGGCGGACGACGGGGGCAGGCCCCCGAAGCCCGAGGUGAAGGC